GGAGUGGGGGAGAGAAGGAGGAGGACUUGCCUCCUGUCAGCUGCAGCCGUGCAGAGAUCCGUCAAGAAGAAGAGAGAUCUUCCCAAAUCUCUUUUUUUUUUCCCGCCUGCUUGGAGAAAUUGGAGCGGAUUUUGCUGUCAAGAUGAAGGGUUGCCAAAAUGACUAUGCGGAUGGAUGCACAGAGGCAGCUGCAAAACCCAUGACCAACUCUUUCAAGGCUGAUGAUCUUGUUAUCAACCCGUCUACCACAUUGAAAGAGAAACCAGACCCAAAUGGCUUAGUAUUUGGAACAGUUUUCACAGACAACAUGCUCCUCGUUGAAUGGUCCUUUACAUCUGGAUGGGACGUCCCUCAGAUUAAGCCCUUGGAGAAUCUCUCUGUGCACCCAGCCAUCUCAGCCCUGCAUUAUGCUGUAGAACUGUUCGAAGGCAUGAAGGCAUAUCGAGGCGUGGAUGGCAAAAUACGCUUGUUCCGACCAAGACUCAACAUGGACAGGAUGUUACGGUCAGCUGCGCGAGCAACUUUGCCAGGAUUUGACAAAGAAGAACUUCUGCAGUGUAUCCAGAAACUGGUGGAAGUUGAGAAGGAGUGGGUACCCUAUUCAACCUCUGCUAGCUUGUAUAUCCGCCCUACUUUAAUUGGGACAGAGCCUUCUCUUGGAGUCAAGAAGCCAUCAAGGGCCAUUCUCUAUGUGAUACUGAGCCCUGUGGGGCCCUACUUCACAAGUGGGACCUUCAACCCCGUCUCCUUGUGGGCAGAUCCAAAAUAUGUCCGAGCUUGGAAAGGUGGGACGGGGGACUGCAAAUUGGGAGGGAAUUAUGGCUCUUCGAUUUAUGCCCAACGUGAAGCCAUGGAAUUGGGGUGCCAACAGGUCCUCUGGCUUUAUGGGGAUGACCAUCAAAUUACAGAAGUUGGGACGAUGAAUCUUUUCCUGUAUUGGCGAAAUGAAGAUGGAGAAGAUGAGCUGGCAACCCCACCUCUAGAUGGCAUCAUUCUUCCUGGUGUGACGAGGCAAAGCAUCUUAGAUCUGGCACGCAAGUGGGGUGAAUUUAAAGUAUCAGAGCGAUACAUUACUAUGAACGAUCUCACAACUGCCUUGAAGGAAAAGAGAGUGAAGGAAAUGUUUGGGGCUGGAACAGCUUGUGUUGUAUGUCCUGUUUCAACAAUACUAUACCUGGGAGAGAAUUUGUGUAUUCCGACUAUGGAGAAUGGACCUCAAAUAGCAACCCGUUUCUGGAACCAGCUAAGUGAUAUCCAAUAUGGAAGAGAAGACAGCGACUGGACAAUCGUGGUGUCAUGAAUGUGAGGGACAAGAACAUUUCAGCCUUCUACAAGCACAACAAAGUGUUCGAAAUACCACCUGAAUGAUGAACAGUUUUACUGUAGCUCUGUGUAGAGUAGUCUGUGUAUUAUCACUUUAUUCCUGAGCUGGGAGUUGGGUCCACAAGCCAGGAAACGAAACUUAGGGUUAUCAUUUCCAGGCUGCAAACAUCAACGCUGAUCACGAAAUAGCAGGAACAAGCUUUCUUUCUGUAUCUCUUUGCUGCUACGUUGUGGUCAAGAAGAUUUUUGCAGGCCAGAGAAGGUAGCCCUAGUGAGCACAUUUUGUCUUCUGUGAUUUUGGUCUAGAAUAGAAAUCUGUCUUCUGGUGGAGGUGCUAGAUGUCAACAAUAGAAACUUUCCUAACACAACCCUUGGUGUCCCUUAUAUCCUUGGUACAGUGGACAACUGUGUUUAGAAGUUCUUCAACUGCUCUUCAUGGCAAGCCAAGUACUCUUGGCCUUGAGUCACUUUUUAACCAGAUUGUGACAUGACUAUUUGCCAAAUGAUUGAGAGUAAACUUUUCACUAUCUCUUUCUCAUCUGCAACCUUAGAAAAUGAAAGAUUUAUUUUUCAUAAGACAGGUAGAUAUAGUAUAUGCAGUAAAUAUUUCGCCAUCUCUUGAUUUUUUUCCAUCUUUAGGACAAUUGUUCUAAUUCACAGGAAUUAGAAUUUGAAGAAUCCCAGCUUCUGAACACCAGCUAGAAUCACAUCUCACAGAUAAUAAUUCCCAAACUGGGUCCAAUUUCUCUGAUGUCUAGAGGAAUUUUUUCCCCCGUCAUUAAUAAAUGACUUCUAUCAUUGCCAAACUAUGGAAAGUUCUGUAAAGUAAGUUGGUUGAAUGCAGAAUAAGGGUUCUAUUGGUUGAUGGCAUAGCCAUCUAUAACAUUUUAAACAAGGCAGGUUUUAGAGACCUGCCAGAUACCAGAUUAUGGCCCAAUCCAUCAUGCUUGAAAUCUUUUAGAAAACAACGUUCUUUGUAGCUUCUACAAUCCUACCAUUGUCUCAGCUUUUCUUGGAGACAUUGAUUUUAAAACCUUACUCUUCCCUUCACACAGUCUUGAAAUCAUGGCACCACAAUGAUCAGAUGCAUUAGAAAAGUUUCCUGAUUAUCUGAAUAAGCUUUAAUAAUCUACUGCAUCAAAAUAGAUUAAAAGAGAUGUUACUGAAGCAUCUUGAGAUAUGGGAAGGCCUUUAAAUCAAGUGUGGGCUGACCCUAACUUACAAGAUCUACUUUGAUCUUCCUUCUUUUUCCUUUUAUUUCUACUAGACUCUCCCAAGAUCCACAAAACUAGAUCAAGUUAUUAUAAAAUAAUGGUCUGGAGCAAUGGUUCUCACCCUUUUCUUUACCAUGGACUCUUUUUAAAUAUAUUUUGUGGCCACUGACCAUGGCCACAAACCCCCAAGACUUAACUCAAGAUUUAAAUCUUAACAUAUUUUUCAAGCCUUUGUGGACUCUCCCUAUGACAUUGUGAUCAUCCAGAGGUCUGCGGACCACAGGUUGAGAAUCACUGGUCUGGAGAAAGCAAACCACCUUGAAACAUAUUGCUUUGGUUAAUUUUAAAUUUUCCCUUUUCUGAAUAUGGUCAUCUACUAAAGAUAGUUUUGCGGUCUUGGCUUAGUGCCUUUUGAGUCUGAGCUUGAAGGCAUCUGAGCAUUAAGACAUAUCUUGCCAAAGAAGUUACAUACAACAGUGUUCGGCACCUACUCACAUUUCUUGGACCAAAUAUUUCUUGAGCUAAUCUUAUUGUAGCUUCACGAGACAGCAGUUUGAUGAUUCUGGCAAGAUAGUCAAGGCACUGAGCUUUCUUUUUGCUAAGAUACUCACAGGGACUAAUAAAGUUCACCCACUCCCUCGUGAGAAGGGCAUGAUUUGGGAAAAUUCUAACUCUGCUUCUUGAACCUUGAACCUUGAACCUACCUCUACUUAAUGAUUGAUCAAGGCUGAGACUAUGCCCAAUUUUUAUUUCCCUGUGACUUCAUAGGCGCCUAAAUUUUUUAGGAAAAAGGAUGUGACAAGACUUUACCAAUUCAAAAUGCAGAUAAUGGUAGUGAGGAGAUGCAUUUUCAUGCAUUCCACACAGUUGUCUGACUGUGACCGCAAGGAGAAGGCCUAUUGUAGCCUACUCCCUUAUGCACACUUAAAAGCAUUUUAAUACCUAAGGGUAUUUGUUCACUCUCAUCAUGCCCCACCAUGUGCCGAAAUAAGGAGACACAUUCAACAGCAGCAUGUCAAAUGUUCUUUCUAGAACAUCUUAACUGGAUCUUAAAACUGUCAAUAUAGAUUCUUUACAUUUUGAUCCAAUACUCUUAGUUAUAAUAUUCCAUGUUGCAGUAACAUUUCCCACAACCACCUUAGUGCAAAGCAAAACUUUUCGAUUUGUAUGACUUCAUGGUGCAUUAAUCAGCAAAGGCCUUUCAGAAAGAUUUCAUACCGUAAAACGUUAUUCUUUUAUUGAAGACCAGUUGAAGCUGAUGAUGCUGGAUGGAGGUCUAUUUAGAACAGUUUUCUCCAGGGUGGUUCUUCCAGGUUUGCUGAGAUUCCCAGUCCAGGAAUUCUCAGCCAAUUCUCAGCCAACAGGAAUUCUCAGAAUUGGAGUUCCUACAAUUCAAGGCCACCAGGAUGGAGUAAGGAUGGUCUAAGAACAGACUAUUACUUCUCCACCUGGGGAAACUUGAAGAUGUAUAGACUUCAACUCCAGUAUUCCCCAGCCAACUGUGCUGACUGUAGAAUUCUGGGAGUUGAAGUCCACACAUCUUAACGUUGCCCAGAUUGAGAAGCAUUGAAAUAAACACAAUAAGCACAAGCUGUUUCCCAAUGAUGGUAGAUGUAAUACCCUGCAUCUCUUCUUCUUGCCAGUUGAAUUUGUAUUGUGCUGCUAUCCUUGUUAGGUUCUGUUCCAGUUACUGCUAGCUUUCAUUGGUGAUGUGCAGCGUUUUGCUUUCCUUUUCCUUUGUUUAUUGUUGGCCACAUUGCUAAUUGGGAUGCUCACAGUUCUGAUCUUGAGUAAAGCUACUACUGGAGCAAGACCAUCCUAAUAGAAGAGUGCCUUUUGAUGAAGAGUGUGUGUCUGCGUUGAGAGUUUGACUUGCUGAAACCAAAACUAUGUAGUCAAUGUUUGGCAGAGACAGGAUUUGAAAAGACUGGUUCCUUUUGUUUCCCUGUCAAGAGGAUAAGCAGGGGGAACUAGGACAACUCUCAGUGACUAACAUGCAAUGGCCAUCUCAUUGUGGCCAACCUGGCAUGGCCAACUCUCCAGGGACACUCAACAAUGCCCAACUCGCUUCAGGAUAACUUAUCAUGGGACAAUCCAUGAGGGAUAACUCAACACGAUAAAUGCCAUUUUUGUCAAUGAAAAUAAUGUCAAAGAAACAGUGGUGAAUAACAUUUAUUAUCACAUUGAGUUAUCCAGCUGGAAUUGUCUCACAGCAAGUUAGUCCCAUGGCGAGUUGGCCACAGUGAAUUGUCCCACUGUGAGUUGUCCGGCAAGAUGGCCAUGGUGAGAUGUCCGCAGUGAAUUGGCCGUGGUAAGAUGAACUAUGGCAAGUUGGCUGUAGUGAGUUUUGUCCCAUUCUGGAAGCAGGGAGGUGAGCACUUAACUCCUAUCCACCCCCAUUUCUUUCCUGCAAUUUUCCUCCUCUACUUACUUGCCACUUCAAGUGAGAAAACCAGAUGGAAAGAAGGGGGAUUCCAAGGAAAAGGAGCAAACAGGAUAAUAACUGUUUUUUUCUUCCUCCACUGGGGUGUAUCAGUAGGGGUUUGGGUCCCCAGGUCAUCCUUGCAUGUGCCACUGAGCAUACAGCCCUCAUCAAGAUGUGUUUUCUGUAGCAACUCUGUCUGCUUAGAGGUCCUCCCUUAACAAGGACACAAAAGGAAAGGUUCCUCCUGUUUAGGGUGUUCGCCAUUCCUGAAAACCACUUGAAAUGUUCUUAAACAUUUUGUAGUGGCGCAGUGGUUAGAGUGCAGUACUGCAGGCUACUUCUGCUGACUGCUGACUGCCUGCAAUUUGGCAGUUUGAAUCUCACCAGGCUCAAGGUUGACUCAGCUUUCCAUCCUUCGGAGGUGGGUAAAAUGAGGACCCAGAUUGUUGGGGGCAAUACGCUGACUCUGUAAACUACUUAGAGAGGGCUAUAAAGCACUGUAAAGCGAUAUAUAAGUCUAUUUGUCUAAAGGGAGUGCUGGUUUGCAAGUUGAUGUGUCAUUUGAAUGGGAUCUAUGACAAUUUGCCAUAGCCAACUCUCCAUCGCCAGCUUGCCAUGGCCAACUUGUUGCAGGACAACUUGUCAUGGGACCACCACUAAUAUCAAGAAAUGGUGGGAUAGAAUCAUUAAAGAAAGGAUGCAAAAAGAGCGAGAAAGUGAAAUGCCAAUGACAAAAAUUAAAUAUUUUAAAAAUUAUUUUAAAUAAUUAAAUUGAAUUGUUCAUUUGUCCCACAGUGUUACUGCGGUGUGAGUUGUCCGGCAGUGAGUUGGUGGUGGUGAGAUGGCCAUGAUGAGUUGGCCACAGAAAGUUAUCCCAUUCUGGUUUCAAUGUACCCUGUCUCAAAGGUGGUUUUUGAGAAGGCAACUGGAUGUUUUUUUUUUCUUGAGGAGGAAGAAGAAAACAUUUCUCUUCUCAUCCAAAAAGCUUCAUCAAUUCUGAACAAUUAAAUGUUCAGAAGCUUCUUGGAUGAGAAGCGAAAUGUUUUCUUCUUAUUCCUCGAGGGAAAAAACAUCCAGUUGCCUUUUGAAAAGGCACCAUUGAGACAACUAUGACCUGAAUGACUGCGAACCUCCAUAUACGAAUGUUCCAUGUCUUCUCAGUAUUGAAUUUUGGGAAUUGCAAACUGCAGGAACCAGAAAUGAAACACUCAGAAUCCUAAGAAGUUUCUCCCUUUCUCUCUCUUCCCCAACAAAGCAUUCAGCUCACAAAACAUGUUCAAACCCACUAAUGGCCCACUUGCAAUGGGAUAAUUUCAAAUUCAAAGCAUUUUGUGUAUCUCUUGUUGCAAACGUGCAUGGUUUACCUUUGUUGCUCUGUGGCCAUAGAGCUUAAAUGGAAUGCAGUGUUGUGUCCUUGAGACCCUCUACAAAAAUGGAUCCACCCUAAAUAAGGUGUGCUUUGUUUGUCUUUCAGCCUGUAAUUGCUAAAGGGGCUGGUUUUUAAAAAGUCUUUUCUUAAAUGUACAGGAAGUUACUCAGACCAGCAAGGGUAUUUUGAUAUUGCGUGACAAUCCAAUGAAAAAAAUAAAAUAAAAAGUAGACCUUUGUUGUCACCUGUGUUUUCAAUCUUUGCAUAACAGAAAAAAAGUUUGCACCAGCCAGAAAGAGAGUUCACAGGAACGUCAUUAAGUGAAGUAAAGUGCACACAUCUGCAUUUAAAAAGCAGUAAUAAAUUUCAGAGGCAGGUCUCUUAGAAUGAGUUUCAAGAUUUUAAAGAGAUGAAAUAGGUGCUUAAACUCCUUCAAACUUUCACAGUGUAAAUAGACUCUUUUUGUACCUGCUCUGUUCAGAUAUUUUUGGGCCCCUAAGUAUUUUUCAGACCCUUUAGCUAUUUUUUAAAUGUGUGAAAAAGAAUCUAAAAAUCUGCUAUACAAUCAGAAGAAAGUAACAUUGAGUUGAGUAGAGCUCACUCCCAAGUAUUGCUGUAAUUCUUUAUUAAAUGUAUUAUGGAAUUUUAUUAGUGAGUUUAUUUGCUUGAGAUUUUUGUGUUCCAUGAUGAAAUUAUUACUCAAGUGAUUACUUUCUUUAUUUAAACAAUAAAGUUACAAAUCAUGCAUAAAAUAGCUUUAUAAUAAUAACAUCAAAUAUAACUAGUACAUCUUUGUAAUUAUAAAUAGAAAAUCAGAUUAUAAUUAAUUGCAUUUCUCAAGUUUCUCUUAACGAGUGCUUAGUAUGAGAAAAAAUACAUGCCUCCGAACUGAAUGAAAGGUAAUAAAAGGACAC